AUGUACAUUUGUAUCACAACAGAGACUACAGAGGAGGCAGGUCCAAGCCAUGCUGAGGACCCGGUACUGGAACGAGAUGCGAAGAUAAGCUCUCAGCCAUUUCCAGAACGACAAUCAACUCCACCACAUACAUACUCCAUUAUACUUGACAAUUUGGACUUUUUCAUGCACGCACACCAUCAGUCCACUCGCCACAGCAACAAAUCCAUACACUGGAUACACCACAUUGCUGUCCAGGACCGGAUUCCAACAUAUCACCUGCCCAAUGACAACCCGUGUGUGGAUCUUCUUCAGUAUGACUUGAAAAUGUCCUUCCCUGGACCCGAGACACAACUGUUUAUGCGUCGAGAGUUCAUCGUCCUUGGCAGCCGAAUCCUAACUCAGUAUCUGGCAGCUUUCAGAUCAUUUUCCAGAGUGGUAGUGCGCAACAUCCCGCAUCAGUACUCAGAACAAAUGUCACAGCCUUCAACAGAUUACCCAUUAGGACUCAUUUUCAAGAAUGAGAACAAAACCUCUGACCUGUCCGAGGCACUUCGACACAUUCAGCACAAGUAUGUUCCAAACUGCCCCGACGGUGUCUCCACAGUGUUGGUCGGAGGUGAUCGGCUCACUGAAACAAACUGUAGAAAUAUACAGUGGUCUUUUGCAGAUGGAGCUGACGAAAAGGAAAGGAUGGAACGCAUGGUGUUCAUGUUCGAGGACUGGCAUGCCAUUAGAGUACUGUUUGAAAUCCACUUCAAAAUGUUCUUCAGUGAGACAUCUGGCAAGGACCAUGGGACACUAUGUGCCAACAUGACAAAGUUGAGUUUGGCCCAUGCACAAAACUACAGCCACAAUGGAUGAGUCAGGAUGCAUCAUGAACUUAUGCUUUCUGUUGUGGGGUUGGACAUGCACUUCUGCCAUCAUGAAAAGCAGAGUCAUCUCCAGGGAAAGGGUUCUAUGAAUUGAACAGGAUGGUGCAGCAAUGCCAAACAGGGUCCCCAUGGUGCCUUCAAUGCCUACAAGCAUUUUGUCAUCACUGACACAACUGCUCUGUUCCUGGCGGCUGCCAUGGAGCACUUUGGGCUGCAGGAUGUUGCAGAAAUCCCGGAUUCCUUUGUGCCAGAAAAUGUUGCAUCAGGAACGCCAGACAUGAAAAGAGACUGGUUGAGUGAGAAGACAGCCGAGGUGGUGGACAAGUUCAUCUUGUUUUGGGAUAUGCCUGUGGUCAGCGAAGUCCCUGUGAGGCAGAAGAAACAAUAUCCCUGUAGAGCUCAGGGAUGUCAGCAGACAUAUACAUACCAGAAAUCCAGAGACAAACACGAGCUUAACAAACACAACAUGGUUGUUUCCUCAGACACGUUGCCAGAAGAUACAUCAGAAUCCCAAAAUGACCACAAGCAAGCACACAGCAUAGCAAGGCUGAGCUUUAGUUUUUCUCUGAUGGACAUGUUGGAUACUGUCAAAGAAGGUGAUGGGGGCAGACUUAUGCGGCUUUACAAGGUUGCCCUCCUGUACUACAAAGCUCACGGACACAGCCACUACGCCUACAGCACAUUUCUUCUUACAGUACAGCUGAAUGCAGCUCUGAGUCCACGGAUGGCCCACAGCUUGACCUGGAACAGAUUUUGGAAUACCAGGGGAGGGAAGAGGGUCAACAUACCCCUUGAUCUACACCUGGAACACCUAAACAACUUUCUGAAAUCGUUUCUGAAGGGUCAGGGUCCUAAUCUGUCUGAACUCUCAGCAAGCCGGAUCAAUCAGUCAUUGGGUGUCUUUAGAAACAUGAUGGAGAAGGUUGAUGAGGAGUUGAGCAUCAAAAGGUCAACUGGCACCCAUCACACCGAUCAGGAGGAAGUUGAUGUGCUGACUUUGGUCAGUGUGUUCAGCGAGGGACAGUUUUUUACAGAGAUACCUGGCCGUUUUUUUCAUGCCUUCCCUGGCUUCCACAAGAAUCCACUAGUCAAACUUCAUGACAAAGACAUAUGGCAGUGGAUGAAAGACAAAUUGAAUGAGUGGAGCUGUCUAAAACUCUGACGGGCACACCACAGCAUUUUUAGAGUGUGUUUUUUUAUUUAUUUAUUUCC